AUGCGAAGAAACUUAUUUCUUCGCAUAAGAAAGCUUCUCGGCACUCCAAAAGUGUACAACAUCAAUGCGAAUGCUAGCAUACGACGACGAAGUGAACUUCAAUGUAUCCAUGCCAAUUCUCAAUCUCGUCUCCCUGAAUAUGAAGAAUAUCUUCGAAACAAUGCAAGAAUUCGUAAUCGGUCAACAAAUAGUCGACUUCAAGCUGAUUUGAUAGAAGAGAUAUGCAGUCGAUUUGGUGACGAGGAAGAAGAUGAUUAA